GUGCACACGAUACUGUCCCAGUUGCUUGAGCGAUGUCCUAUCUCGCACACCCAUAUGGUCCCUGAUGCCCCUUACACUACUUUGACAUUUUCAACUUGGCCAAGUAAAUCGCAGUAAAUAGUUUUUAACUUUCCUGGGACUUGAAGAGACUAUUUCUUGGGGCCUGCAAAAGGAGGACCACUCUGCUGCUUGCUUACGACUGCUUGAGUCGCCAUGUUUCUAGCCCUGGUGGUGACGCCAGAGCUGAGGGAGUUUCUGGCCCGGGCGAGAGGGGGAGCGCUGCGCCUCAUUAAGGUGCGAAUACAAGAUGAACAGCUGGUGCUGGGGGCCUACAGGGAACCAGAGCAGAGAUGGGACCAGGACUACGACCAUUUCCUCCUACCUCUGCUGGACCGACAGGAGCCCUGCUAUGUGCUCUACCGUCUGGACUCCCACAAUGCACUGGGCUUUGAGUGGCUCUUCCUAUCCUGGUCACCUGAUCAGUCUUCCGUCAAAGACAAGAUGCUGUAUGCUGCUACCCGUGCCAUGGUCAAGAAGGAGUUUGGUGGUGGCCACGUGAAGUAUGAGAUUUUUGGAACGCUGGAGGAAGAAGUCUGCCUGUCGGGCUACCAGCGUCAUGUAUUGUCAUGCUGUGGUCCUGCCCCGCUCACACUAGCUGAGCAGGAGCUGCAGAGGAUCAAGCUCACUGAGGGCAGAGUCAAACAGGUGACGGCAGAGAACAGCGUGGAUAGUAACGCACAAACCCUUCAAGGCCUGGCUUUCCCGCUGCAGGAGACGGCCAGACGAGCCCUCCAGCAACUUGCCCAGAAGCAGAUCAACUACAUACAACUGAAACUAGAUGUGGAGCGGGAGACCAUUGAACUGGUUCAUUCCCACCAGACGGAGACGCGGGAUUUGCCCUGCCGGGUUCCUAAAGACACACCAAGAUAUCACUUCUUCCUCUACAAACACUCCCAUGAAGGCGACUACCUCGAAUCCAUUGUUUUCAUCUACUCCAUGCCUGGAUACAACUGCAACAUUAAAGAGAGAAUGCUCUACUCUAGCUGCAAGAGUCGACUCUUGGAGGACGUGGAGAGAGAUUAUCGACUGCAGGUUGCUAAAAAGUUGGAAAUCGACAGCGGAGAUGAGUUGACAGAGGGGUUUCUGUAUGAAGAAGUCCAUCCCAAGCAGCAUGCUUUCAAGCAGGCUUUUGCCAAACCACGCGGCCCCGCAGGCAAGAGGGGACUCAAACGCCUAAUUAAAGGCCCGGGCGAGGUCAUGCAGGACGGCUAGAGUCGGACAAAUCGUACCGCUGAGGUGUUACUCGAGUACUGGCACCUUGUAAAAUAACACUGACACCUCGUCAGGCCUGCAACAAACCACUCAGUGUCCAAUUCCUUGUGGGCACGGGACAUCUGUGACAUAGUAUAGGCUAGUCUCGUUCUAUGAAUAGUUCAGAAUAAUAUUGGCGUGUUUAAUAAUAUAUAUUAGUAGCUCUUUUUUUCCAUACACAAAGACAAAGGGAACGCGCCACAAGUUAAAACAAGUCUUGUUCCUUUACAGAACAUGAUGAAAAAGGAAUUUUACAUAGUUAGAUAAAAAGUAAUUUUGCAUACAGAGUGAACCCAUGUUAGAAAGGUAAAAUUAUAAAGUAAGAUUGAAGUGAUUAGCCUACCAGCAAUCAUGUUUGAAGAAAAUGCCCUUAUGUUUAUUCUGAACACAACUAGUAUGUGCCAACUAGGAUGGAAGUGAUAAUGUGAAGCCAAUCGGUUUCUUUUUUUUUUCUCCAUUCUGUUAAACUGUACCCAACAAAUAGAUGAUUUCUUUACAGUUGAAAAAAAAAAGCUGCAGUGGUGUUUUAAAUAAAUUUUUGUACCAGCAAUGUUUGUAAAAAAAAAAAAGAAAAAGAAAAAAAAAAAGGAAAUUCCAAAUAAAAAUGUUUUUACUGUG